GUAGUAGGCGGAGGCAAGAAGCCACACACACACAUUGGAGGGAACCCCAUCAGCUGUGGGAAGCAACACAGCCUGAACUUACUUUUAUUUUUCUAACUCUAUUAUUCAGAUUACCUGUUUGUGAAUUUGUCUUUUCGAUAUGCGCCACUGAGGAGUAGGGCGAGAGCUCUGUACUAAAGACGUACAUCAUUUAACAUAAUUUUAGCAAGGACAGCGGUGGAGGAAGAAAAAAAAGAAAACACGGACUACAGAAGGUGGCUUUGAAAGCAUGGAAUAUUUCAUGAUGCCGACAGAAAAGAUAGCGUCCUUACAGCAGUUCAAGAAGACGGAAAAGGAUGUUAUUGGAGGUCUCUGCAGCCUGGCCAACAUCCCCCUCAGUCCAGAGACAGCCCAGGACCAGGAGAGACGAAUCCGCCGCGAGAUUGCCAACAGCAAUGAACGUCGACGCAUGCAGAGCAUCAACGCAGGCUUCCAGUCUCUCAAAACACUCCUGCCCCACACAGAUGGAGAAAAACUCAGCAAGGCGGCCAUCUUGCAGCAAACGGCGGACUACAUCUUUGCCCUGGAGCAGGAGAAAACGCAGCUCUUGGCGCAGAACAACCAGCUCAAACGCUUUAUCCAGGAGUUUAGUGGCUCAUCACCAAAGAGGAAGCGAGCAGAGGAGAAGGACGAAGGGAUCGGCUCUCCAGACACGCUGGAGGAGGAGAAAGUGGAGGAGCUGAGGCGGGAGAUGUUAGAGUUGAGACAGCAACUGGACAAGGAGCGCUCGGCUCGGAUGCAGAUGGAGGAGCAGGUGCGAUCUCUGGACACCCAGCUGCACCCAGAGCGUCUGAAGGUGAUCGCCCAGCAGGUGGAGGAGGAGCAGGCGAUCCUCCAGAGCCAGACGCUGUUACGGCUGCAGCAGAUCCAUGCCGCUGACAGACAAACACACAGUCCACAGGUGCUGGCUCCCCUUGCCCCAACCCACCACCCCACAGUCAUCGUCCCUGCCCCGACACUAACCCAGCAGCCCCACCAUCACGUCACCGUGGUGACCAUGAGCCCAUCUGUCCACACCAGCACCGUGUCCACAUCCAGACAGAACCUGGACACUAUUGUGCAGGCCAUCCAGCACAUCGAGCGCACUCAGGAGAGGAGAGCGAGCGCAGAGGAGGAGCAGAGGCGAGCGGUCAUCGUCAGCCCCGCCCACAUCGCCAUGGACACCGCCUGCUCAGACACCGACACCGACACAGAGGGAGAAGACUGCUCAAUGAACUGAUCUGCCGCAUGAAUUCUCACACACAAACACACACACACACACUUAAAACACCUACUCACUGUAAAAUUCCUUCCAGGCGCUUGACUACUUUAAAAAAGAAGAAGAAGAAAUCUUUUCUUUGGCAUUAUCCAAAAUCCAGUGGUUAAGCUCUGUGUCAGUCUUGUACUGUAACAUCUCUGAAGAUUGAAAUCAUAGGAUGGUCAGCAUGCAGAGGAGGCUCUGUGGGAUUUCUGCAGGCUAUUGUUUCAAUGUCAGAGCUGCUCUUUGGCUUCUUUGAGGGUCUCCUUGUGUAAAAAGCUAUUGGCAUCAGUCCGUCCUUCAUGCGUGUUUAUGUGUGCUACACACGGUCACAGUAUCGCAGUUACUCGUCGUCACUGGCACGGCAACAGUAUUAUUUGUGCCACAAAUUGAUGGAGUCAUACAAUGGAAAGUUGAAUGUAACAACACAGUCAGGAAGCAGCUCUUGAUUUGAUGAAAAGGGAUAUGGAGUUGCAGCCUUUUCUUUCCCAGUCUUAAUUUGUUUGUUUUUUGUUUGUAUCCUGGUUGGCCAGGUGAUAUUGUAGUGCCAGUGGCCACGAAACUCAACUUAAACUACAACACAAGGCAUUUCUGAACUAAACAGUUUGUGAAAAAUUCAAACUAAAUUACAAAGCUAAUUGGAGGAUAGAUGUUGAAUGAAAUUAUGUCUGAAUUACUUGAAAAAGGUUGUGUUUUUGAUAUCUGAAUAAGCCCUUAAAAAUAAGCUGAUGAACAAUUUACAUCAAUUGUCUUUUGGUUUUAAUGUUUUUCAUGUUUUCGUCGUUUUUUUUUUCUUCCUGUCAGGGUUACUGAUUGUUGAAGGUGAAUAUUUCUUUAUAUUGAGAUUAACAACUUAAAAUUGGAGGUUUAUCAGGUUUACAGGGAACCGGAGGCCUUGAGGUGAAAUUUUGCAAAAGUCUGAUUUACAUUUUUAGCCAGUCAAAUUUAGACCCGCUCAUUUGUUAUCUGCCAGUGUUGAUGGUUUUUACACCUCUAACAGUAUAAAAAAUGUCUUCUUUAGAAAUAGAACCACGUGUUGAUGGAUUGCAGGAGCACAAAGAAUUUUUCAGUCUCAGAUGAUUUGACGAAUUAAACUUAGCCCUUACCUAUGAAUAAUGGAAAGUUUGACUGACUUAUAAAUGACUUAACGCAUUUCCAUGAGCCACAUGCUGUGUUUGCGUGAAGGCUUCCGGUUUUCCUCCAGAGACUUCCAGUCUAUCUUCUGGUCUUGGUUUGUUGAUUUCAGUGACUAUGCACUAGAGUUUUUGCUAUUUAUGCAAUUCCAUCUUCAGUUAAUUUGUUGGUGUCGUUUAUACAUGAGGUGAAGUUAUCUAUGCACCGUUGGUAGGUGUGUACAUUACACCUACAGUAUCUGUUAUGAAACAAAGAAUGUAGACUCUACUUGUAAGGUGCUUUUUGUCAGCCUGGUGCUCUGCUGACCAGCAGUGAGCUGAGGCCCAAACCCUUUGUGUAACUUCACACACAUGUUUAUUACAAGCAUCUUUCUUUUUUUAAUUUUUUUGGCGAAAUGAUAGGCGUCAUUUCCACAUUUUGGAAUUGCUUUGCGGGCAGGGACGCGGGGAGGACUUGGUUCUGAUUACAAAUGACCGCACGUUGUGUUGGCUCAUUGUGAUUUUUGCUUAUAUAAGUAGGGGGGGGGAAAAACUUCUAAAGUUGCAUCUUACUGAAGUUUGAUCCUUGAAUGCAUCAUUCCGGAAAAGAAAUUCUAAGAGGAGGGGUGGCGGCUUUAUUGGAAAACUAAUCGCAUAUUUAUAAACUGAUGUAUUUUUUUUUCCCAGUACAUCAGAUGCUCCAAACUGUGCUAAGCUCUGAUGAAAAGCACUGAAUUGCAGAUCUCUCCCCAAAUACUCCCAUCUCCAUCCAAAAUGCACCACGUCUGUCCACCUCAUGUUUCGUCGGUUAUAUUUUUCUCGGGAAUCUAACUGGAAAGCCCUGCUUCAAGCCUCCCUCCUGUCAUAGUCGAUUUGAUACGCUGGCUUGAUGCUGUAAACAUUCCUCUUGUUUGGAUUUGUAUCUGUCUUCUGAUCUCUUAUAUGUUCUGUUGCCAAUUGAGUGCAUGUUACUAAUUGUUGUUUUCUCUUGUCUAAAGCGGGCUUUUGUUUUGCCUUUUUGCAGGUUUCCUUUUUUUUCCCAUUAACACAUGACUGAUGUGAAAAUGUCUGAGAUGUGUAGACACUAUUCACUCGCAGACAUCGAUUUUAUAUCUGCUUAAAAUAGUAUUUUUCAUGCCAAACGUGGGGGCUGGGUGGGGUGAGGGUCUCAUAUGUUGUUAGUGAAAGGGUUUGGUGUUUUUCUGACAAAUGGCCAACCACAGCCUCAGUUUCGGCUGAGUUUUGCCGUUGGUCAGCUCAACACUUCUCCCAAGACGUUGCUGUCUUUUGGUGGAAAUUGAGAUAUGUGAUAUGAAGCACUUGCUGUUCUGUACUGCCUGAAUCAGUGAUGAGGAAGAUAUUUGUUUUCUUUUGCCAUUUAAUUUUUGUAAACUCUUUGAAGUGACUCAGUGGCUGUUUAUUAUGUUCUGCUCUUCUGUUUUUCAUUUUUCUAAUCUUGUUUUUCAUUUUUGGCAACAAGCAUUUUUUUAUAUAUAUAUUUUUGUGAUUCUUUUUGUUUUGUUUUUUUUCUCCAUCAGUCCAGGUCGAUGAGAAGCUGUUAUAUUUUGUUUAUAAAAACUUGGGUAAACAGGCCUUUGUAAAGAUGAAAAAAAAAAUAAAAUUUGUACUUUUUUAUUACA